AAUUUUCGAUAAGAAACAUCACUAGACUGAAAUAUUUUUACAUAAUUUUGUAAUUAAACGACUAAUUAAUUUGAAUUUUGACCUUAUCCUUGAAUAAUUAAAAUAAGAUAGCGUUCAUGUAUUUUCUUUUCACCCUUCCUGCAGUUUUAUUCAUCUUUGUGGUUUUAUUUUGCGAAUAUUUCAUCUACUAUAUCGUUUUGUAUCAAUGUUCGUGGCCAAUUCUGAAGAAACCCCUUGAAAAUGGCACCUUAGUCCAGGUACCAGAUGAAGAUGUCCUGCGAGUAGCUUUAAUAGCUGAUGUCCACUUACUCGGUACUCGAAAAGGGCAUUGGUUCGAUAAACUGCGAAGGGAAUGGCAGAUGUACAUGUCGUUCCAGGCGUUGUUGGAGUUACAUGAUCCAGAAGUCGUGUUUAUUUUAGGUGAUAUCUUCGACGAAGGAAGUUUUAGUCCAGAUGAAGUAUAUUCGACUUACGUUAAAAGGUUUUUCCAUCUGUUUCGAACCAAUAAUCGAACAGAACUAUACGUUGUGGCUGGAAACCACGAUAUUGGUUUUCACUACGCAAUGCAUCCUUAUCUAGAGCACAGAUUCAGCACAACUUUCAAAGCUCCAUCCGUCCAGUUACUUACGAAGAAGAAUGUUCAUUUUGUACUAAUCAAUAGUAUGGCUUUGGAAAAAGACGGUUGUCAUAUGUGCAACAAAGCUGAAGCACAAAUUAAAUACAUCGGAAGUAGAUUCAAAUGCACAAACGGGACCGGAAAAUGUUAUCAAGGAAUGCAGCUGAAAAGUUACUCGAGACCUGUGCUCCUUCAACACUUCCCUCUGUAUCGUGAAAGCGAUGCUGUUUGUAACGAAACAGACGAAGCUCCUUAUCCCGAAAAAAUACAGAAAUUCAAAGAAAAAUGGGAUUGUUUAUCGCAAGAGGCAACCGAUUUUCUAUUGAAUAUCCUCUACCCUAGAGUGGUUUUCGGCGGUCACACGCAUCACGGAUGUCAUGUCAUACACAAGAGAGAUAUCCACGAAUACACCAUACCCUCGUUCAACUGGAGAAAUAAACCUAAUCCUAGCUUCUCCAUGGCGCUUUUCACUCCAGACCAAUAUGUCAUUUCUAAAUGUCACAUGCCCAACGAAUACUUCGUCAUAGGGUUGUACAUAAUUACUGUGAUAUUCAACGUUUUGUUUUUUUACCAUGCCCCGAAAUUUUACGUCAAGAAAUUGGAAGCGAAAAUCAAGAAACAGAAAUGAAUCUGACGAUGUUCGUUUUUACUAUACGGUUAUUAUUAUGCAUCUAGUCUUUUACACCGGUGUACAUACAUUCUUGCUAUAUUAUUUUGUUUCGUGAGACUGAGCGCCUAUUUUUUUAUUAUUUUUUUUUUCAAAGAUACGUAAUUUGAUAUACCUCUUUCGCCUUGUGCUAAAAUACACUUUCUUAAACAUUUAUCAUAUGCAUUCCGAACCGAGUUCAGUUUAUGUUUUCAAAAGUAAUUUGAAUACAAUUUUUGAAUGUUCGAAAUAAGUACGUAAUUUUGAUACGUAAUGAUAAUGAUGCAUUCAUGUUGUACUAAACUGCACUUUUUUAUUAUUUGUACCUAUACCUACGCAUUCCAAAGCAUUUAUUUCCAUGUCCAGUUUAUAUUUUCAAAGGUUCAUUUGAAUAAAGUUAUUUGUUUAAAAUCGUA